AGCCUUCUACGCACUCGACCGCGGGGCACAUCGCAAUCGCACCCCUCUCCCCCUGCCCACGAGUCAGCCGCGACAACAAGAGACUCUCCACCACCCACCGACCCUGCAACCGGCCACCGACGGCGUGCUGCAGCCCCCAACAUCCAGAACUCGAUAUCGCAAUCCAACUCGACCCCAGGAUUCUCCCAGAUGCUCCGCCGGCGACGCUCCGCAGGCACACUCGCCGCCAGCGCCACCCCACAGGUGCCCGUUGUCGCGCAGGCGCGCACGACCGUCGGCGCACUGUCUGCGAGCGCACCCAGCGGCGGGCAGGCGUUCCGUAUCCGCCUCGUGCCGCACCUCGCCUCCCGCACCUCGCUGCGCUUCGACCCCAUCUGUCGGGACGUGCGCGAGGGCGACCCAGCGCUCCGUAUCGGGCGGUUCACAGAUCGGUCAGGGCUGGGGCUCGCGGCGGCGAACGCACUCGGGUCGCACAAGCUGGCGUUCAAGAGCAAAGUCGUCUCGCGGGCGCACGCGGAGAUUUGGGUAGAAGCGGGCGGGCGAUUCUUCAUCAAGGACACCAAGUCGAGCAGCGGGACGUUCCUGAACCAUGUGCGGCUGUCGGCGGCGGGGACGGAGUCGUCCCCAAGCGAGCUGCGCGAUGGCGACCUGCUCCAGCUGGGUGUGGACUACCAGGGCGGAAACGAGGACAUUUACAAGUGCGUGAAAAUCAAGAUUGAGAUGGGGCGGGAAUGGCAGGCGCACGCAAAUCCGUUCAACGCCAACGCUCUUAAGCAGCUGAAGGCAAUCGCUAUACCACAUGCAAGCCCUCUGGAGAAGAAGACGGCACCCAAAUCCGCAUUGCCAGAUUGCUGUAUUUGCCUGUUCGGCGUCACCAUCAACCAGGCGCUCUUCAUCGCCCCCUGCUCGCAUGCCUUCCACUACAAGUGCAUCCGACCACUCCUCGAGACACAUCAUCCGGCUUUCUCCUGUCCUCUUUGUCGGACAUUCGCAAAUCUCGAGGAAGACGUAGAGGUCGAGAUCGAGGGCGAGGUCGACACGGAGUCU